UGAAUACAUGCAAGGUCAAAGAUUAAUUUUGACUGGGAAAGAAGAAUGCAAUCGGGAGUUUGGAGUAGCUAGGAUUGAACUUUUCUUCUCGAUUGGGUGCUCGUGGAUAUAACUACCAACUGCCAAUUGCUCUCUUCCUUUUGCACUAAAAUGGACGGAGCAGUGGACAAAGAUUCGAGCGACGCUUUCCAAAGCCUGCCCGACUCCAUCCAUUCGCUUCGUCGAUUCAACUCCAAGCUCACUGAUUAUUGGUUCGAAUCAGUUUGCUGCAUAAUCAAGGAGCUGCAAGAAAGCAAGUCGAACGGCGACGACAUGGAAUUUACAAAGAUUCAAGCUGAGCUAGAUUCCCUUCGAUCUCAACUGAAAGAAAUAGCGAUACAGAGGAGACAAACACUAAAUGAUUUCCUUGAUCUAAAAGGAAACAUUCGAGUAUUUUGCCGCGUGAGGCCUUUGCUGCCCGAAGAGAGCUGCAGGAUUUCUCCACCUUCCCUUCUCACUCCGGAUUCAACAAGGUUGCUCUUGAGGGUUGGUGACAGAAGGAGCAAGCAGUACAAUUUCGACAAGGUGUUCCAUCCACAGUCAACACAAGAGGAAGUGUUUUCUGAAAUUGAGCCAGUGAUAAAAUCCGCCUUGGAUGGGUAUAACGUAUGCAUCUUUGCUUACGGGCAGACCGGGACAGGAAAAACCUAUAGCAUGGAAGGAAGCAGAAGCAAUCCAGGUAUUGUGAUUCGUGGGAUCCAAGCACUGUUUCAGCAAGCAUUGGAAAGCAACCAUACAUUCCAGUUCAAUUUCAGCAUGCUAGAGAUCUACAUGGGUGGCCUGAGAGAUCUACUUGUUCCGCGAAGCUCCAAACAAAGAAAACCACCGGCCCUUUCAAUACAAAUGAACUCAAAUGGAGGUGUGGAGAUAGAGAAUCUAGUGUCUGUUGAGGUUCACAACUUUGAGCAAGUUAAAACAUUGUACAAUCUUGGGAAAAGGUCACGGUCGACGGGUGCUACCAAAUCCAAUUUAAACUCAAGUAGAUCUCACUGUCUUAUCUGCAUAUCAAUAGCCUGUGCUGGUGCGCCGGAGAGGCGAAAAGGGGUGAAUAAGAUUUGGAUGAUUGAUUUGGGUGGAAGUGAGAGGCUUUUGAAGACACAAGCAACGGGCAGAAGAUUGGAAGAAGGAAAGGCCAUUAAUCUUUCCUUGUCAGCCCUUGGAGAUGUCAUCAGCGCACUGCAACACAAGAAGAGUCAUGUGCCAUACAGGAACAGCAAGCUUACACAAGUUCUGAGAGAUUCACUUGGAUUUGACUCCAAAACCUUAAUGUUCGUUCAUGUCAGCCCCAAAGAAGAAGAUUUAUGUGAAACCAUUUGUUCCUUGGGUUUCGCUGCACGAGCAGGAAGCAUACACUUAGAUAGCAAAGAAUCACCGGAAAUGCAAGCUAGGAAAGAGGUUGAAAUGACUAAGCUGGAGCAAAAAAUAAGAGAACUAGAAAUUGAACAAAAGGAUGUCCAAAGAGAAAUCAAGAAGCUCAAGGAAAAACAGAAUUCUCUCCUGAGAUUAGAUCAGCUACGCGAUUUGGAUAUAACAGAUUCACCACCUUUAUCUGAAGAACUUCGCUUCGAUGAAGCAAUCAUUCUUCGUAAUGAGAGGAUCUCCACACAAGCAUCUCCUAAGAUUCCUAGAUUCAUGAAAUCAACAAUCUGCAGUCAAAAGAGGAUUAAUUCAGUUCCCUUGCCUUAUCUAAGCAUACGAAAGAAACCAACAAUCCCUUCAAAGGCGAGAAGGACAACUUCGCUUUAUGCUGAAUCUGUCCAUUCCGAAGCAAAUGAUACAGUUUUGAUGUCUGAAUGUGACUCAAAAAUUACCAUGUCUACUAGCUACCCGGACGAGGCCCAAGACCCGGACGAUGAUAUCGUAUGUAGUCAAGACACAUCAGAUUAUGAAAUUAAACAAGUCAUUUUCACUGACAAAGAGAAAUUCCCACUAAGCACAACUUCUCUUCCUCAUGGAUGUUUGAAUGAGGAAGGUAUAAACGCAAAAGAAUCGAAUGAGAAACUGCAUUCAUCCAUUGAAGAUUGGCUUCAUCAACAAAUCAUAGGGCAAACUAUUACUCCAACCGCUUGUGGUAAAAGAGUGUUGGUCAUUCCCAUUGAGCAGAGCAAUGACACUGGCAGCCAACAAAAUGCAGUGAAUGAGCUUAAUCAAGAAGAUAGCCAAAGUUUUGGUAACACAAAUUCUGGCACAAACUCAGAGAAAAAUUCAAAUGGCGUAUAUUUUUUCAAGAGUAUAUCAGUAGAUGAAGCCUCAUCUGCAUCGAAAGAUCGUGAUAGAAUAUACUGUCAAGACAAAGACGAAUAUAGUGAUAGCUUCUCUCAUGAAGAUUUUCUGAAGGCUCAACUACAAGAAAACAAAGAAAAAUCUUCCUUGCAUUUUAGGGAGUCAAGACGAUCAGUGUUUGUGACUCAUCCAUCACUACUGAUUCAGCAGAACAUGCACCAACACAAAGAACAAGGCCUAGGUUGGAGAAUCUUGAAGACACUUAGAACAUUGUGGAUGAUUGGCCUAGUACUCUUGGGCAUUCGUAGUCUUGGAUUGGGUUUGGACUUCUUCCAUGGCUUAAUGCUCUAAACGUCCAUGCAUUUUAUCUUUGGAAUCUUUGGACGAAGCAUAUAGAUGGAUGCAAGUUCUGUUGGUUCCAAAUGUCACGAUUAAUUUUGUACAAGAUCAUACAAGUGAGCACUAUUUGUAUAUAUAUAAUUUAUUUUUGUAUUUUGAUCUCUCUGUCUUUUUUACAUCUUCAUGCUUUGAUAU